GCGGACCUGGACGCCAUGCUAGCGCAGUACGCGGAGGAGCAGGCGAAGUUCCUCAAGGUGACGGAGGUGGUGGGCGGACCGCCGACGCCGCGGUCGUCGGCGACGGUGCUGGCGUCGCCGUCGAACCGCAACGAGCUGCUGGUGUAUGGCGGCGAGUUCUUCGAUGGUAACCUGGCGACCUUCUUCAAUAAUCUCUUCGUGUAUAAUAUCGAUCGCGCGGAGUGGAGGGAGGUCACCAGUCCGAAUAGUCCGCUGCCGAGGAGUGGGCAUGCUUGGUGUCGUGGGGGGAAUACCGGGGGCGUGUAUAUGUUUGGUGGAGAGUUCUCGUCGCCGAAGCAGGGAACGUUCUAUCAUUAUAACGAUUUCUGGCAUCUCGAUCCGUCGACGAGGGAGUGGGCUCGUCUGGAAACGAAGGGCAAGGGACCCCCGGCUAGAAGUGGUCAUAGAAUGACAUACUUCAAGAACUACAUUAUCCUCUUUGGUGGAUUCCAGGAUACCUCGCAGCAGACCAAGUACCUCCAGGACUUGUGGAUCUACGACUGCUCGAGAUACACCUGGUUCAACCCUACGCUGACCACAGCAUCCCAGAAGCCUGAUCCUCGGUCUUCUUUCACCAUUCUUCCGCACGAAACGGGCGCUGUCCUGUACGGUGGAUAUUCCCGCGUGAAGGCCAGUACAGGAUCCCAGGGAAAGCCUGUCAAACAUGGUCAUCAUCGUGUGGCCAUGAAGCCCAUGGUGCACCAGGAUACCUGGUUCCUGCGGAUCACGCCUCCUGCUGCUGACGCUCCUGACCAUGCGGCGCCUACCGUCCGCUGGGAGCGCCGGAAGAAGCCGGCCAACUCUCCCAACCCGCCCCGUGCCGGUGCCACGAUGGCAUACCACAAGGGACGAGGAAUCAUGUUCGGUGGUGUGCACGACGUGGAGCUGAGCGAGGAGGGAAUCGACAGCGAGUUCUUCAACACCAUGCUUGCGUGGAACACUGACCGGAACCGCUUUUUCCCGCUGGCUCUGCGUCGUCCUAGAGCGCCGGGCAAGAAACAGCUCGCCAAUCAAAUGAAGUCUCGGGAUCGAAGCAAGGCCGACGAGGAAGAGCUUCUGCAGAACUUGAAGGCCCUCGAGGCUAAGGGAGGCAUUCAGAGCCAAGAUGACGAUGAUGAGAUGAAGCUGAGCACGCCCAAGGCGGAAGAAGACAAUGAUCAGCCGGAGAAGCCUUCUAUCGUCCGCUUUGAGAUGCCCCACCAGCGUUUCAACGCGCAGUUGGCUGUCCAGGAUGAUACUCUGUUUAUUUUCGGCGGAACCUUUGAAAAGGGAGACCGGGAAUUCACGUUCAACGACAUGUACUCCAUCGACUUGGUCAAGCUCGACGGAGUCAAAGAGAUCUUCUACAACGAACCUGAGAACUGGCACCUGCUCAACGAGGCGGACAGCGACGACGAGAUGGAUGAGGAUGAUGAGGAUGACCUUGAAGACGAGGAAGACGAGGAGGACGCCAUGUCCCUGGACACCGCUUCUCCCGCGCCGACUGAAGUGACUGUUCCAUUAGUGACCCAGGAGAUGGAGCAGCUGGAGGUGGAGGAACAAGGAGAGCCGUCUGUUCAGGACAGCAGACCUCUUCCCCGUGCCUUCGAGAGUCUGCGCGAGUUCUUCAGCCGCACCUCUGAGGACUGGCAGAGGAUCUUGCUGGAGACCCUAAAAGAGAAGGGAACCGCUACGGAGAAGAAUAUCAAGGAGCUGCGGAAAGACGCGUUCAAUAUCGCUGAAGAGAGGUGGUGGGAUUGCAGAGAGGAGAUCAUGGCUCUGGAAGAUGAACAGGAAGAAGCCGGUAUCGGUGAGGUCGUCAGCAUCGCUGACAGGGGAGACAAUGCUGGCGGUGCUGGACGACGCAGGUGAUAUCGUGAACAGGUUGUUGCUGGUGUGUGGUAAAUACCUGGGGGUGAUGAUAUCAUAG